AUAAUGGAACACAGGAACAAUGUGACUGAAUUUGUCCUCCUAGGACUCACUCAGAAUCCUGAGAUUCAAAAAAUAUUAUUUGUUGUCUUCUUAACCAUCUACAUUAUAACAUUGGGGGGUAACCUUCUGAUUGUGAUAACAGUCAUUUCUAGCCGGUCUCUGGAAUCCCCCAUGUACUUCUUCCUUGCCUAUUUGUCUCUUAUGGAUGCUGUCUAUUCCACAGCUAUUUCUCCCAAAAUGAUAAUAGACUUGCUUUAUGAGAAGAAGACUAUUUCCUUCCAAGCUUGCAUGAUCCAACUUUUUAUUGCACACUUCUUUGGUGGUGCAGAGGUCUUCCUCUUGGUGGUAAUGGCUUAUGACCGCUACGUGGCCAUCUGUAAGCCUUUGUAUUACUUGGUUAUCAUGAGUCGCCGUGUCUGUGUUCUGUUGCUGGUUGUAGCCUGGGUUGGAGGUUUCCUUCAUUCAGUGAUUCAGCUCCUUUUUAUUUCCAGGUUACCCUUCUGUGGCCCUAAUAUCAUUGACCAUUUCAUCUGUGACAUGUACCCCUUAUUAGAACUUGCUUGUACCAAUACCUAUAUCAUUGGACUCUCAGUGGUUGCUAAUGGAGGAGCAAUCUGUGUUGUCAUCUUUACAAUGUUGCUUAUCUCCUAUGGGGUCAUCCUACACUCCCUGAAGACCCACACUGUAGAAAGCCAACGCAAAGCUCUUUCUACCUGCAUGUCCCACAUUACAGUUGUUGUCUUAUUCUUUGUUCCUUGCAUUUUUAUGUAUGUUAGGCCUGUUCGCACCUUCUCCAUUGACAAAACCAUGACUGUAAUUUUUGCUGUUAUCACCCCUAUGUUGAACCCCUUAAUCUAUACUCUUAGAAAUAAAGAGAUGAAGAAUGCCAUGAGGAAGCUCAGGAAAAGAAUCACUGACCCCAUCAAACGCUGA